AUGAUUGGAAAACCAAGUUUGUUCAUGACAAAUUUUCUGAAAAUGCGAAACUUCUCGACAUAUGUUUCGAAUGUUCCUCUCACUCAAGCUAUACCCGGUUUUAACCUGAACUUCAAUUCGUCCCUUUUAUCGAGCAAUUCAGCGGCAAAUAUAUCCAAGUUAAGCAAUGGCUUGACAGUUGCUUCACAGGACAAAUUCGGCAUGCAUUGCACAAUUGGAGGUAUGGAAAACUUCUGUGAAUCAUUUUUAGUUAUGUUGAAGGCUGGACCUCGCUACGAAAGUGGAACCAUCAGCGGUGUGUCCCAUUUUCUUGAAAAACUUGGUUUUCAUUCCACUGAUAGAUUUAGGGAUCGAGAUCAUAUUCAAUCCAAAAUGGAAUCGUGUAAUUCUAUUUUUGAUUGCCAGAUAUCGAGAUCCUUCGAAUCUGGUAGAGAUUUCAUCGUUUAUGCUAUUUCGGGACUGAAUAAGCACUUAAGUGACCUCGUCCAUGUUCUAUCGGAGACAGUUUUGCGUCCGAAAAUCACCAAAGACGAAGUUGACAUGGCAGCUAGAGCCAUUGGCUUUGAGCUGGCUAGUUUGGAAAUGGCCCCACCCACGGAACCUAUUCUUAACGAUCUCCUCCAUUCCGCUGCUUUUCAUGGUUGCAAUACUUUUGGUUUUCCUCGAUAUUGUCCAACUGAAUCUAUUGGCAUCAUAUCUCGCCGUGAGCUUAUGCAAUUCAUGGCCUCCUACUACAGACCUGAGCGCACUGUAGUAGUUGGCGUUGGAGUGGAUCACAGCGAAUUCACCAACUCAGUUGAAUCAUCUUUCAUGCCGUGGGAAACCAGUUAUGGUGUAGAGGUUCCUGAGGAAGAUCGUCUUACGCUGGAUGACUCUUUGCCCGUGUAUAGUGGUGGUGAAAUUACCGUGGACCGAGACCUGUCACAGUACCACGCACCCAUGCCCGAGUUUGCUCACUGUGUCAUUGGUCUGGAGAGUUGUGGCUCCCAAGAUCCUCAAUUUGUUGCUUCAUGUCUCCUCAAUUCCCUCCUUGGUGGUGGGGGCUCCUUCUCUGCCGGUGGUCCAGGGAAGGGUAUGUACUCCCGUCUCUACACCAACGUUCUCAACCAAUACCAUUGGGUAAACUCAGCACAAGCGACCAAUCAUGCCUACGCUGAUGCCGGCGUCUUCUGUAUUGCUGGAAGCGCCGAGCCCGCCAAUCUGCACCGCUUGGUCCAAGUCUUGGCGGCCGAACUGCGCUUUACUGCAGAGGCACCAAUCCCAGACGAGGAGCUUCAACGUGCCAAGAAUCAGCUAGAAUCGAUGCUGCUGAUGAAUCUGGAGAUGAACCCCGUCGCCUUUGAGGACAUUGCUCGGCAAGUUCUUGCCUCAGGCGAAUGGAAACCACCGGAUUUUUGGGUGGAAAAAAUCAAUGCAGUAUCGGCCGAAGACUUGCAUAAUUUGUUGAUACGCAUGUUCAAGUCACCACUGACACUAGUGGGCUUUGGCCGCAUGUCCAAUUGGCCGGAGUUGCGUGAAAUCCAAGAGAUGAUCGCAGCCCCAUUACAGACGCGUGGGACCCUUCCCUCCCUCUUCAAGCGAUUCGUCUGA